UUUAGUUUUAUUGAAAAUGGGUAGCGACGACCUUACAGUCAUGUACACUGUACGGACACUUUAAAGCCGACUCUUUUUGUACGAUACUCGGUUCGGUAAUUAAACAUAAAAUAUUAAUUUCUGCGGUGUGUGUUUGUUCAAUAGAGAUUAAACCAUAAAAAAUCUUUCAUUAUUUUAUAAAUGUAUGUACACCUCACAAAACUACAUCUGAAAAUGUUUAUAAUGGAAGUUAAAUUAUACAAUGUGGCAAAAUCCUCUAGAUUCCCAGUCUAAUUGAGUGAUAAAUUCUUAUGGGAUUGAAGUAUAAAAGUCUGACUUCUGGCAAAAAAUGCCUGGCCUUUGAAGUGGUGAUAUUACGUCUGGAUGAGCACUGUGCCUUUGUGUGUCUUCAUAAUUCAGUAGAAUAAGGCUAAAUGAAUUAGUAUUACUACAGCAAUUCUCGAUUGACGAAAGAAAGCCUAUGAUAAAAACCAGUGAUGAGCAUGUAAUACGGCACGCGAAGGAAAUCAGCGGUGACGAUUUUAUAUCUUUCUUUAAUAGUAUUGUCAAAAAGGUUUAACAACGUUCAAGAAGUUUAUAAAUACCAACAUAUAAAAUCUAAGCAUUAAGAAGAUUCAAUUGAAUAAUAGUUGAAUCAAUUAAGUGAAGAACAUAUUUAUAAUUCUUUUGUUUGGUUAACAAUUGUAUUGCUGGUGUUUUGUUUACAUGGGUAUCGACUGGUCUAUAUAAGUCAAGCAAAUAUCACUGUAAACCAGACUGUAGUUCAUCAUGAAACUAGUCACAGUUGUAUUGCUCCUCGUGGUGGUCCUGUAUGUGGUUACUUCGGUGAACGCGCAAGGACGCAGACCACCUCGACCACCUGGAACAUCACCAGGUAGACCUAGACCUAGACCUACUACAAGGCGUACUACGGUACGAACUACAAGACGUUCUACUGGAAGAACAACGAGACGUACCACUAGAAGAUCAACGAGGCGGACAACUGGAAGAACUACGAGACGUAGCACUAGAAGAACAACGAGACGGACUACUGGAAGAACUACGAGACGUAGCACUAGAAGAACUACGAGACGGACAACUGGAAGAACUACAAGACGUAGCACUAGAAGAACAACAAGGCGGACAACAAGGCGGACUACUAGCAGACCAAGCUGCAAUGAAGUAUGUACAGAUGACUUCCAACCUGUUUGUGGAACAGUCGUUCGAGACGGAAGGAUCAUAAACUGUAAUUUUAGCAAUCAAUGUAACCUUGAUAAUCGCAGCUGUCAAAGACGGGAAGUUUGGACAUCAACCCGCGGUAACUGCGCUCAGAAGUCCAGCAACAGAGACUGCGCAUAGUUUGGGAAUCAACAAUAAAAUACAAAACGAUUUGUGUAUACUGGGAAUUAAAAAUAUGUUUAACUAAAAAAACAAGUCUUAUUGGUGAACUAAUAUGCCAAGAAAUUAUUUUCUUUAAGGGUAUUCAAAAUUCAAAACAUACAAAAUUAUUCUUUUGUAAUUCGGAAGUAUAGUGUUUAUUGAAAUACUAUAAAUUUAUAAAUACAUCUGAAACGAACACAAAAAUUUAGGGUUUUUAUUUAUAUAGAAUUUUAUUAUUCCAGUAGGUAAUUAAACGGAUUUUUUCUUUUCAAUAAUUUUUGUGAGGCUCUUUUGUUUGAAUGUGUAUAUAAGUCGACCGAGUAUCCCAAACAAUCAGACAGUUCAUUAA